ACCGUCUGGGUGAGAACUGUAGCUUCCUUAGUUUAUCAGACAGGAAAUCAUCUCCUGAAUGAUCAGAUGAGGAUACAACAAUCUCCGUAGCAUACAGUUUUACAUGCAAAGCUGUGAGCGUUGAAGCAACAUGGAGUACACUUUCAGAGCAGUAACCCGCAACCCGGGGAUUAUAAUCUGGAGAGUUGAGAAAAUGGAGUUGGUUCAAGUUCCUGAGAAGUCCUUUGGAAACUUCUAUGAGGGUGACUGCUAUGUACUUCUGUUUACACAGAAGCUGAAAAGCUCCUUGAGUUACAACGUUCACUUCUGGAUAGGCUCAGAGUCCAGCCAGGAUGAGCAGGGGGCAGCUGCUGUGUACACCAUACAGCUGGACGACUUCUUAGGCUCAGCCCCAGUGCAGUACAGAGAGGUUCAGCACAAUGAGUCGGAUACAUUCAAGGGAUACUUCAAAAAUGGGAUCAUCUAUAAGAAAGGUGGAGUUGCAACUGGCAUGAGGCACACAGAAACCAAUGCUUAUAACAUUGAGAGGCUGCUUCAUGUAAAAGGCAAGAAGAGAGUCGUUGCAAAGGAGGUGGAGAUGAGCUGGAAGAGCUUCAACCUUGGAGAUGUGUUUCUGUUAGACCUCGGCAAGACCAUUAUCCAGUGGAACGGACCCAAGAGCAACAGGCAGGAAAGGCUUAAAGGUAUGUUGCUGGCCAAAGACAUUCGAGACAGAGAGAGAGGAGGCCGGUCAGAGGUCAGAGUGAUAGAAGGAAACGCCGAGAGUAACUCUCCUCAGAUAAUGGAGGUCAUGAAGAAUAUUCUUGGUGAAAAACCCUCCAGCCUGCCAGAUGGGAAGCCGGAUGAGACUGUCGACCAGGAAGUAAAGGGAAAACUCACACUUUACCGCGUGUCAGAUGCAGAUGGCCAAAUGAAAGUGGAAGAGAUCUCUACAAAUCCACUAGUUCAGGAUCUGCUCAACCAUGAGGACUGUUUUAUCCUGGACCAAGGAGGGAGUAAGAUCUUUGUUUGGAAAGGGAAGAAAGCAAACAAAGCUGAAAGACAGGCUGCCAUGUCCAGAGCUGUGGACUUCAUUAAAGCAAAAAACUACCCUAUGACCACUAAUGUUGAGUCAGUGCAUGAUGGCGGAGAGUCAGCUCUCUUCAAGCAGCUCUUCCAGAGGUGGACUGUGAAAGACCAGACGCAAGGCCUCGGAAAGGUGAACACCAGGGGCAAAAUUGCUCACAUCACACAAGAGAAAUUCGAUGCCUCCCUGAUGCACGCCAUGCCAGAGGUUGCUGCACAGGAGAGAAUGGUAGACAACGGUGGAGGUCAGGUGGAGGUGUGGAGAGUGGAGAACCUGGAGCUUGCCCCAGUGGACCCAAAGGGAUAUGGAUACUUUUAUGGAGGAGACUGCUACCUGAUCCUCUACACCUACCUAGUUAACAACAAAAAGUGUUAUCUGCUGUACAUGUGGCAGGGGCGCAACGCCACACAGGAUGAACUGGCAGCUUCGGCAUUUCAGGCUGUGAACUUAGAUCAGAAAUACAACGGAGAGCCAGUUCAAGUGAGAGUAACAAUGGGAAAGGAACCAAGACACUUCAUGGCAAUGUUCAAGGGAAAAAUGGUUAUUUUUGAUGGUGGCACAUCCAGAAAUGGAUGCUCUGAUCCUGAGCCUCCAGUAAGGCUUUUCCAGGUCCGCGGCUCUGACCAGUCCAACACUAAAACCUUUGAAGUUCCAGCGCUGGCCACCUCCCUGAACUCCAACGAUGUGUUUCUGCUUAAGAGCCAAACAGGAAUUUAUCUGUGGUGUGGGAAGGGAUCAAGUGGAGAUGAGAGAGCCAUGGCAAAGGAGGUGAGCUCUGUGAUCGGCCUUGGCUCAGAAAGAGGUUUUGAAGAGAUUGUAGCGGAGGGUCAGGAACCUGUUGAAUUUUGGGAACUGCUUGGAGGAAAAGCUCCUUACGCAAAUGACAAAAGAUUACAGCAAAUGGUUUUAGACCAUGAGCCACGCCUGUUUGAAUGCUCCAAUAAGACAGGGCGUUUCACCGUCAAUGAGGUGGCUCAGUUCACACAGGAUGACCUCAGUGAGGAUGACGUCAUGCUGCUGGAUACCUGGGACCAGUUGUUUCUGUGGAUUGGCAAAGAGGCGAAUGAGGUGGAGCGCAAAGAAGCUGUGGUCACGAGCCAGGAGUACCUGCGCACCCACCCUGGGAACAGAGAUCCAGACACACCCAUCGUCCUGAUCAAGCAGGGCUUCGAGCCACCCACCUUCACCGGCUGGUUUGCUGCCUGGGAUCCCUCUAAAUGGAGCGGAGGAAAGAGCUAUGAAGAGCUGAAGAAAGAACUGGGAGAAGAAUUGACACCCAUUCUUGUUCAAACUGAGGAAACCUCUGUGACAGAAAAAAACGUUCAGUCUUUCCCUCUUGACCUGUUGGUAAACAAACAAACCGAAGAGCUGCCUGAAGGUGUGGACCCCUCCGCAAAAGAGAAGCACCUCUCUGAUGAUGACUUCAGCAGCGUAUUUUCGAUGACCAAAGAUGAAUUUGCAGGCCUACCACAGUGGAAGCAGCUGAACCUAAAGAAAGAAAAAGGCUUGUUUUGAUGAGGCUUUGUACUGUGUUUUAAAGUUAAGAGGCAAAUGUUUUCUAUCAUGGUUUAAUUUUUUUCCCCCUUGUUUUAAUUCUGAAUGGCUUCUUGAUGGCGUAUUGCUUUGACUGCCAUUAAAAUCCAGAUUUUUAUGAAAAACUUCUGGUGAAAUCCAACAACUGAGAAAGUUGGGAUUUGUAAAUGUGGUACUCUCAAUAAGUACUGGUACCUCCGGUAAUGAUGUCUAAAAAAGCCUAAACAUCCCUACAGUUCUGGCCACCCCACAGACUGUGCUUGAUAACAAAAAUAAACAUUGAAUUUGACUAUUUAUUGAUUUUAUUCAUCAAUGCUCAGACUGUACAGCCUUGUAAAAAGAUUAGA